UACAGCUUCAGUUAUAGCGACUGGUCACUGGCUGGCAAGCAGCUCGGUCAGUCAAGACGUUUUCUAGAGAUUUCUCGAACGCGACCGAGUUUAUAUAUAGGAGCUGCCCGAUCGAGCGGCGUCUCUAGUUUGUUUUGCAUCAACACAGCCAGAAGUUCGUGCAUCAUAAUCUAAUCGCUGUUUCCCGUGUUGCGGUAAACGCCAGACAGCGUACUUUUUCAUAAAGUCUGCAAUCUGCAAUAUACAAAAGUACUGUUCACGGAGGUAUGAGCAUCGAAUUCGAUCCCGUCAGUCUGAUGAACAACAUCGACAAAUCGUGCAUCAAGUGCAUGGAAACCAACUGCUGCUGCAGCCACAACAAUCAGAUCCCUGAAUGGACAUGGGACCAGUCUUUCGAGACGCCCAAACUGCAGCUUGGCAAGAGGAAUAUGGAGGUGAAGUUCCAUCCUGGGUACAGCGUAGGGACAGCAGGUAUCAGAGGGAACAAGCCAUUGUCGAGGAACAGACAUCAUUACUGGGAGGUCAAAAUGAUCACAGCCGUUUACGGAACAGAUGUAAUGGUAGGAGUGGGAACGAAGAAAGCUGACUUAAAAAGUACAACCGAGUCUUUUUGCUCACUCCUGGGUAGGGAUGCAGAAUCGUGGGGAUAUUCGUAUAGGGGCUAUCUACAACAUAAUGGCCAAACCAAGGAAUACAAGGCGUGUUUCAAACAAGGAAGUUUGGUCGGUGUUUACUUGGACACAUGGAAAGGAACGUUACAAUUCUUUUUGGAUCGAAAACCUUUAGGUAUUGCUUUCACAGGCUUGAGAGGAUUGGAGUUAUAUCCCAUGAUCUGUUCUACAGCAGCAAAAAGUAAAAUGAAACUCACAUGCUCUUGCUCGAUGCCGGCAUCUUUACAAAUAGACUGUUUAUCCAUGUUAAGACCUAUUCAAAGAGCUUAUUUGAAAACAGCAUUCCCUGGACUGAAUUACCUCUCAAGGAGUAUUUUUGCAGAUUUACUUCAAAAAUGUGAUGACGACGACAAUGAGGAAGAUUACGAAUUCCCACGAAUGAUAUUGGAGGAUUUUGACUUUGCUCUUGUGCAGUGUAAAAACAGAAGAAAGAAAAGGCAUAUAGACCAAGAUUACAUAUCGAAACGUCCAACUUCAUCAUUACAGACUAUAGCUCUUACAACUAUUUGAACUAUUUUUCAGUAAUUAUUUUCAUAUCAGAAGAGGAUUUUGAGAAUCAUGAAAAUUAUUACCUGUUUUGCGUACCAAGCAAAUGGCAAAAUUUUUGUAAAUUAGUAUUUUUUCUUUAUUACUGUAACAGUAAUAAAACUAAGUGAAGAUUGUAAUUAAUUUAUGUAAAUUAAUUGAUAUUAAUAGUUAUAUAUUAAUUCAUAUGCCAAUUUUUGCAUUUAAGAUUCUUUUACACUAUUAUAUGUUUAGCUUUAAUUAAUAUUAUUAUUAUUAUUGAAUAAAAGACAUCUUUUAUGCAGAA